AUGAGUGUCGCGUCUACACCUCUGCGGCAGGUAGAGUCAGUCGACCUGAUGAACAUUCAACCCGAGAUUGCCGAAUUGUAUGGGCCACCACCGCCCAUCAUGCUACCGGAGAACAUCUCGGUGACACCCUCACCAGCAGCGAACGCCGCUCCAGAGUACAUGCGUGCCACUGUGUAUGCCAUCCCCAACACAAAUGCGCUGCUCAAGAAGAGUAAACUGCCACUCGCAGUGUCCAUCAGGCCCUUCACCACACUGACAGGCGAUGGAGGUGUGCCUGUUGUGUCAGAUACGACCAUUGCACGGUGCAGACGUUGCCGUGCAUACAUUAACCCUUUUAUUACGUUUGUUGAGGGCGGCCACCGUUGGCGCUGCAAUUUGUGCAACCUCAUCAACGACACACCCCAGGCCUUUGACUUUAACUCUCACGAAAACAAGCCAGUUGAUCGUUUCGCUCGGGCAGAGCUCAAUCACGCAGUUGUGGACUUUUUGGCACCGACCGAGUAUAUGGUCCGGGCACCGCAGGCUCUUGCCUACGUCUUUCUCAUCGAUGUUUCCUUUGCUGCUGUUAGCUCUGGCCUGGUGGGUACGGCAGCUCGUAUCAUUCAAGAAGCCCUCGACGAGAUUCCCAAUUCCGACAAGCGCACAAAGGUUGCAUUCAUCGCUGUGGAUUCUUCGUUGCACUUCUUUUCAAUGACACCCAAGUCUGAUGAGGCCAAGAUGUUGGUUGUGGGUGAUAUUGAGGAAGCCUUCUUGCCAUCGCCCAACGACUUGCUCGUUUCGCUUGACGAGUGCAGACCUGCCAUUGACAACCUGCUGACACGCUUCAACGACAUGUUUGCAUCAACGCAAAACGGAUCCAGCGCCAUGGGCCCUGCUCUCAAGUCUGCCGACAAGCUUAUCGGCAAUUACGGUGGACGUGUCGUGUGCUUGAUGAGCACAUUGCCAAAUUUGGGCGAGGGCAAGCUGACGCCACGAGAGGAUGCCAAAUUGCUCGGUACUUCGAGCGAAGGCAAGCUAUUGCAAACUCAGUCAACAUUCUACAAAUCAUUUGCGGUCGAAUGUUCCAAGAACCAAAUUUCCGUGGACAUGUUCCUGUUCUCUGCGCAGUACCAAGACGUUGCCUCGCUUUCCUGCUUGCCGAGGUUCACUGCCGGUGCAACACACUUCUACCCAAGCUGGAACGCC